AUGGGAAGGGACUAUUUCCACGACCAGGUAACUUACUGGCUAGAAGCCGCUAGUUUGGAAUGGCAAUCAAGGGCAGACCAAGUUAAAGGUGGCACUGAGGGAAAGGACUUGCAAUGCGGUUUCCAUUACAGGUACAAACCUGCAUAUUCAACACGUCUGAACCAUGAAUCUGGAACUCGGAAUGUGAUUCCAUCAGAUUCGUCCGAUCCCAUGGAGAUGAUGGAUCCCAUCUGGACACAAAGCAACUGGCGCACAACCCGGCUCCGGGCCUACAUUGUGCAGGAUGCAGUUUCUGAUCGUCUAGUUUUGCCAUAA